GGGUUUAUUCAACACGCGGUCGUAUGCAUUUCUCACUCAUUUCUUUCUUCUUCAACCUCUAAUUUCAGUUCAAGAAAGACAAUAAUUAAUAAAUAUUCUCUGUUUUGCCAAAUCGAAUACACUUCAAGAAAGAGACACACACACACACUCACAAAAUCUUUUCAAAUACCAAAUCUUGGAAACCCACCAAUUGCAUCUUUCAAGAAGAAAGAAAUGGACUGAAGCAGAAGAAAGAACCCUAAUUGAUAAGUAUGGAGAAAUGGUUUGUGAUGGGAGUUUAGUGAAAAUGAAAACUAGAGAAAAGAAAUAUAAGCCCAUUGCUUUACAUGUUAAUAUGAUUCAUCAUCUUAGUGAUCCGGUUGUGUAUCCAUGGGAAUGGAGUUGGAAAGAUGUGUCGAAUAAGGUGCAAAACAUGAGGCAUCAAUAUUCUUUGGUGAAACAAAAGAUUAAGCAGACGACUACUGAAUGUGGUGGAGAGGGGUUUGAGUGGGUAGAAGGGUUGACCCAUUGGUCGAAUUUUAUUCGGUAUAAAGAGGUGUUUGGUGAUGUUACGCUUCCGUUUGGUAAUGGAUUUGAUGAGAAUAGUCAUGGGAAUGAUGGGAUUGAAGUUUUGGACUUUGGGAAUAUUGGGAAUUCGGGUGAUGGUGAGUAUGUUGGUGGGAUUGGUGGGGGUCAUAACGGGGUAAUGGGUUUGGAGUUUGAGUAUGAUGGAGCGGAAGGCGAGGAGAAUUAUGAUGGUGGGAAUGAGAAUGAGAAUGGGAAUGGGAAUGGAAAUGAGAAUCAUGUUUUUGGAGAAAUUGAGACAAUGGGAUCGGAAACUAAGAAGAAGAAGAAAGUUGUGAAGAAUCUUGAGAAGAAAGCUUGGGGGUUUGUGGCAAACCAAUUGGCGCAAUUAAGGGAAAUGGAAGCUCGUUUUGAACAACGUGAGGAGGAAAGAGAAAGAGAGAGACAGAGGAGAGAGAGUAUACGGGCUAAAAAUGAAGAAGAACACAAGAAACAACAUGUAAAACUUAUGGAAAGAUUGAAGGAGCAGAGGAAUCGGGAAUGGGAAAGUAUGGAGAACGAAAGGGAAGAAAGAAGAAGGCGAAGAGAUGAGGAAUUGAUUCAAGAUAGAAAAUGGGAGGAAAGGAUGAGUAGACGGAGAUUGGAAUGGAAGGGGAGAAUCGAUGAGAUGUUGAGUGAACAUAGAGCAGAAAUGACACAAAUUCAGGGUCGGAUACUUCAUGAACAACAGAAUCUUACAAGUCAGUUGCUUGGGAUUGUGUCCCAGUGGAGUGGUCAUCCAGGUGGAAUAGCAGAUAACACCACUGCUAGCGGCCACUAUCUUUCCCAAAUGAUGCAGAAUCUGCAACAUGUCGGGGGUAUGGUUGAUGGGGAUACUCGAGUUGAGGGACAUAAUCAAGAGGAUCAGUUUAUUGUGGAUGGAUGAAACUAACAUAGUUCAAUCAAUGUUGAACCAGUGUUGAACUUUGGUUGUAUAUGUUGAUAUGUGUAAUCAAUCCAUUCUUUUUCUGUAUCAAUAAAUGUUUCUGUUUUGCUAAAUAUGACUAAACAGAGAUAUUUUAUUCGUUAUAUUAAUUGAUUGAUCCAUUAUCAUCC